UCUGCUGCACUGCGGACAAGUAGACAGUUGGUGCAUUCGUUGUGAUUUUGGGAUCUACUAAUUAGUCAUUGCUGCAUUCAGGCAUUGGUGGUAUUGAUACAGUCUGACAGUGAUAGCACACGACACAAUACCGUACCAGAAAAAAGAAAUGGAAGUGGCUCAAAGAACUGGUGAACGAAUAACGUUUGAUACUUGCAAAGAAGAAUGGAAAGAACUGGAGACCUUAUAUGCUGAUUUUGAGAGCAAACAUUUUGAAUAUCGCAAAACUGCUGAGUCAUAUUUUGGCCAAAGGAAUAGCUGCACGAGCCAGAUUCGAAGACAACAAAAAAAGUUGAAAGUUCUUUCCGGUGCUGUCAAAAAAUGUGAAGCUGAUGAAACAGAAAGGUCAGAAUUAUCAUCCAAGAUAAAUCGAAGAAAGGAGGCUCUAGAUAAAGUACUAAAUUAUCUGCCAAAAAAGAAUGGGUUUUAUCUCAGCCUCAUUGUCGGACAAGUCAAUUUAACCUUUGAUAAUGAAGCUGAAAAGUAUCGCUACAAAGACGAAUAUGAAAAGUUUAAAUUAUAUUGUACCAUUAUGACACUUAUCUCAUCUGUUCUCAACUUCUUUAUUCUUCAUAACCGAAUAUCUGAUGCAGCACUCAGUUUCUUUUUGCUCUGGUAUUACUGCACACUCACCGUCAGAGAGAGUAUUUUAAUUGCUAAUGGAUCAAGAAUUAAAGGUUGGUGGGUGAUGCAUCAUUACGUUGCGGUGUUCUUAUCAGGAAUAUUUGUUAUAUGGCCUGAGGGGCAAUCUUAUCAAGAAUUCAGAAGCAGAUUCAUGGCUUUUUCAAUUUAUCAAAGUUUUAUUCAGCUACUACAAUAUUACUACCAAACUGGUUGUUUAUAUCGAUUGAGAGCACUAGGUUUGCGACCUGACAUGGACAUAACUGUGGAGGGCUUUCAUUCAUGGAUGUGGAGAGGCCUAACUUUUCUUCUGCCAUUUUUAUUCUUCGGUCAUUUUUGGCAGCUUUACAAUGCUUAUUAUUUGACUGUUUUAUCCCUCAAAUACAAGUUCAUAGAUUGGCAGGUACCAGCUAUAGCAUUCUUGUUUUUCGUAAUGUUCUGUGGAAACUUUUUCACAACACUUUCCGUGGUUACACAAAAAAUGAAGAAGAGAAGUUCAAAGUCAAAACAGCAGUAAAAACAAGUUAUCUCAAAAAAUUCUUUUCACUCAUUAUCAUGAACAAUCACCUUAAAUAUAUUAAAUUUUUUUAAGAGUAAUGAGUAACAUAAUUAAUCGCCUGAAUAGCAGAUGCUGAUCUCUGUUCAUGUGCCAGUGGUAAUUUUUACUAAUCAGGGCAAUAAAGUCUUAUAUGCUUGUAGGUUUUAUCAAUUCUAUAUUUAUAGUACUUGUAAGAAAGUUUUUCCAUCUUAUGGGUUUUAGUAAAACUCUUUCAAUAAUUGUUUCAUAUAUGUCGACUUGUUAGACGAAUUGAUAACUACCUAUUAUUUUAUGAUCAAGUGUAAGAUGAAAUGAUGUAAUUAGUAUUAUUUAUGAGAUUUUAUGUGUCUAUCUUAAUGCUAUUUGAAUUUUUUAUUGUCAAUACCAAUCGCUUACUGAUUUGAUUUUAGGUAAUUAAUUGCAGAACAAUUUUAUUGAAAAACUCCAAUAAUUUCGUUCAACUGAAAUGAAUAAAAUUGCAUAUAGUACAA